AAUCAUUUCUUGUAACUAAAAACAAAAGAAAAAAAGCGAAAGCUAUAAUUAGAGAACAACUCGAUAUUGAUAUAGUUCUUAAGACUUUAAAUAUCUCCGAUAAUAAAGAAGUUGCAGAAAUAAAGCCCGAUAGUGAUGAUGAGAAAACCAUAAUAGACUAUUCUGCUCCUGAUAUUGAAAACAAAGAUGAUGAAGAAUUUGAACAUAUUGAUAAUCUUAACAAUAGCUUUGAAUUUAAUAAUUCCUUACAAAUUCCAUAUUUUGCAAUAUGGGCAUCUUUUGUUCAGGGAUCACAGAGUUCUUUUUCACCUUUGCAUAUG